AUGCUGCCGUCCCUGAAGACCCUGCUGCUGCUCUCGGUCCUGUGCACACCGACCUCCAGCCUGUGCCUCCGCCUCUCUCAGUCACGCUCCGAUCUCCUGUGCGACGACCAGAUGGCUGUCGGCGUCCGGAGCGACGAGGACGAGCCGGGUUACUCCCCCCUGGACGGCUGGGGGUCCCUCCUGCAGACCGCGGAGUAUCUCUCCUCCUCAUCCUCCUCCUCCCCCUCCUCUGACGAGUCAAGCCGGGAAAAAAGGACUUCAACUCCCGCAAACUACCGCUUCAUGAGCCGGACGAAGCUCAGAGGGCAGAUGCUCCGCAACAGCAGCAAAGGGGAUCGGAGGAGCAGGCUGACCCUGUCCCUGGACGUCCCGACCAACAUCAUGAACGUCCUCUUUGAUGUGGCCAAGGCCAAAAACCUGCGCGCCAAGGCGGCCGAGAACGCGCGGCUGCUGGCGCAGAUCGGACGCAGGAAGUGA